UGACGCAAAGCAUUGGACUGCUGUCGGUCUACGACAAGACAGGUCUGCUGGAACUUGCUAAAGGUUUACGAGACGCCGGCGUUCGUUUGCUGGGAUCUGGAGGUACUGCGAAGAAGAUCAGGGAUGCUGGAAUUCCUAUCGAGGAUGUCUCCGAUAUUACCAAAGCUCCUGAAAUGUUGGGCGGAAGAGUGAAAACACUGCAUCCAGCUGUCCACGGAGGAAUUCUUGCCCGCAGCAUCCCUUCAGACGAACAGGACCUCCAAGCUCAAUCCAUCUCGCCCAUCUCCAUCGUGGUCUGCAACCUUUAUCCCUUCGAAGCAACCAUCGCCAAACCCAAUUGCACUCUUGCCGAUGCAGUCGAGGAAAUCGACAUUGGAGGCGUUACUCUCCUCCGUGCAGCCGCAAAAAACCACGCCCGUGUUUGUAUUCUCUCCGACCCAAGCGAUUAUCAGGAGUUCCUUGACGCCUGGACGAAAAGCAAUGGAGAUGUCGGACAAAGUUUGAGGAGCAAAUUGGCAUUGAAAGCUUUCGAGAUGACGUCGAAAUAUGACGAGGCGAUCAGCGGAUAUUUUAGGGAGCAGUACGCAACUGCCGAGCUCCCUGCAGAGCAGCUGGUUGCACCGGUACAAAGGAUCGCGCUGAGGUACGGAGCCAACCCCCACCAGAAGCCUGCACAGGCAUUUGUCACGGAGGGCACUCUUCCGUUCAAAGGUCUUUGUGGUUCUCCCGGAUACAUCAACCUCCUCGACGCGCUCAACUCUUAUGCUCUCGUCAAGGAGCUUCAAGAGGCGUUGGGCCUCCCUGCUGCCGCGUCUUUCAAGCACGUUUCACCUGCAGGUGCCGCUGUAGGGGUCGAAUUGAAUGAAACUGAAAAGAAGGUUUACGGCGUCGACGACUUGAAGGAACCUUUGACUCCUUUGGCCACCGCCUAUGCCCGCGCUCGGGGUGCCGACCGUAUGUCGUCGUUCGGUGACUUCGUUGCCUUGUCUGCCCCAUGCGAUCUUGCCACGGCCAAAAUUAUAUCCAGAGAGGUUUCGGACGGCAUCAUCGCUCCAGGAUAUUCUUCAGAAGCCCUUGAUGUCCUGAGCAAGAAGAAAGGGGGAAAAUAUUGUGUCCUCCAGGUCGACCCCACGUACGCGCCACCCGAGAUCGAGACCAAGCAAGUCUAUGGCGUAUCUCUCCGUCAAAGGAGGAAUGAUGUGAAGAUCGACAGCAAGCUCUUCGAAAACAUCGUCACCCAGAACAAAGAGGUCCCAGAAUCUGCUGUUAUCGACCUGAUCGUCGCGACGCUCGCGUUGAAAUACACGCAGUCCAACAGCGUCGCAUACGCAUACCAUGGAUCCAUCGUCGGCAUCGGAGCCGGCCAACAGUCGCGCAUCCACUGCACCCGCCUUGCCGGUGGAAAAGCCGACCUCUGGUGGCUGCGACACCAUCCGCGGGUGCUCGCCCUGCCCUUCAAGAAGGGGGCAAAGAGAGCUGAGAAGGCCAACGCCAUCGACCUGUAUGUCUCUGGAGAAGUGCUUGAAGGCGGCGAGAAGGAGCAUUGGGAGAGUUUGUUUGAGGGCACUGUUGAGCCGUUGGCAGAGGCAGAGAAGCGUGAGUGGGCAGCGAAGUUGGAUGGUGUCGUCUGCUCCAGCGACGCUUUCUUCCCAUUCCCUGAUAACGUCCACCGGGCGAGGAAGAGCGGCGUCAAAUAUCUCGCCGCUCCUUCUGGUAGUGUCAUGGACGCGGAGUGCAUAAAAGCGGCUGAUGAGCAUGGCAUCGUGUUUGCCCACACCUCGCUCCGCCUCUUCCAUCAUUAAA